CACCUUACCUCGUAGUCACCUUAUAUAAACGUACUACAUCCCUAUUCCCAACUUAUAUAUCCCUCCUUCCUUUACGCUAUUCUUCUACAACUUCGCCAGCCAGACGAAUCAAUCCACUGCGAAAAAAUACAAGAUGGAUAAAGAAACUAUUGCUGUCCUAAGCUUGACUAGCAGCCCACCCAUAAUAGGAAUCGAGCAAAUUCGGAAUGAAAUUUUAUCAAGCAAGACGCAAGCCUACUUUAGAUAUACAGCCACAGUUCUUGUCUAUAUGUCUAUUUGCUUGGGGUGCUGUAUAUGGCAGAUCAUGACAGCUAUAGAACUAGUAUACACGAGACAGAAAUGGCUUCACUUUGCAGCUUUUUUUGAAACUCUUCUAUGCUUUAUAUUGAUCCUAUGCAGUAUUUUAAACCCACUGAAUGCAGUAGGAUGUGAAGACGUAAGUAUCACAUUCACCAGCACAACCAUGGAAAUGCAGCCACAUGGAUUGUUGACCAGUCAUUCUAAUAUCAAUAGAGAUUUGUAAUAUCUAUAAUUACUGUAAAUUUGGGCAGUUGCUGUAUCCAAAGUAUCAUGGUUUAUAAAGCUUACGUAUGUUAUGGUCGUAACAAAUGGUUAAUGGUUCUUGGCUGUCUCAUUAAUGCUGGAUACAUUGCUUUGAUUUCCAUCUAUGCUUCUGUUGGAAAAGUACCUACAUCUAAAGAUAUCUUUGGAAAUUGUGUGAUGAAUUACCGUAAGACUUUUGAACGAUAAUAG